AGGAGCACCUUUCAGUUAAGAUCUAAAAAGUCAUGAGUCGGGUUCAGUCACAAACACAGCUCCUCCUCCUCCCCAUCCUCCUGGUCGUCGUGACCUUGGGUGCGGGCCAGGCCAGCCGGUUGCCGGCGGAUGUGGGAUCCCAGCCACACAGCGUUUCUCUGAGGCAGAAUGGCGUCCAUGUCUGCGGAGGAGCUCUGUUCCGCGAUAACUGGGUCAUCACCGCAGCCCAUUGCGUCAGUUUGGGAGGUGCUCAGCAAAGCUACCCCCCUCAGUAUUUCGAUGUUCGAGUUGGAAGCAUUCAGCGUAUAACUGGUGGCCAACUGGUGCCCCUGUCCCAGAUCAUAAUACACAAGAACUACUCCAGUUCGGAUGCGGCGGGAACCAAUGAUCUGGCCCUAUUGAAGCUGCAGUCCAAGGUGAACCUGAAUGCGAAUAUCAAACCCAUUGACUUGGCCACAGAGCGUCCGGCGGCUGGAUCCCAGAUCAGCUUCUCGGGCUGGGGAUCCAGCAAGGCGGAGGGAUCUUUUAGCCAUGGCCUCCAGGUGGCCAGCAGGCAGAUCCUGAGUGCGAGUGACUGCUACAAGGAACUGUACCUGCAGCAGGAGGAUCUGCUCUGCCUCUCCCCGGUGGCCGAGGAUUUCGCUGGACUCUGUUCCGGCGAUGCUGGUGCUCCGGCGGUCUACAAUGACCAACUGGUGGGCAUUGCCGCCUUCUUUGUCGGCGGCUGUGGUUCCGGACUGCCCGAUGGCUAUGUGGAUGUCACCCAGCAUCAGGAGUGGAUCAACGAGAAUGCUGUUUAAAUAAAGCCGAGGUGUUGAUGGGGA